UCUUUCGCUCCCCCCAGCAUGCCCAUACGCCACAAGCUCGAGAACCAGCCCAUCGACCUCUCUGCAUUGACGAAUGAAGGGGUUUUAGCGCUGCAACACUACCUCGACCAUGGCCAACGCCUCCCUGCUGUAUCCUCUAAAACGUCCUACCGCGACAUCUGGUGCCACACCCGCCGUUUCCAAACCCAUCGUCGCACCACGAUAGCAGGUGUUGCCCUUCGUGUUCGGGCAUUUUCGCGUUCGUCCAAGGAAACCUUCUCGAAAACGGUGCUGGACCUUCCCAAAGACUCGGCCGACCGCAAGGCAUUCCUCGAAAAACAGCGCCAGACAAUAACGACUUUGAGCGACGGGUGCUUGCGGAUGCAGCAGGUUUGCGAAGAAUUCGAGAAGGAUUCAGAGGGCGACUUGGCGCGGCUCCAAGAGGAAGUGUCGAAAGUGAGGGACUUGACCAAAGCCAGAGAACGGAGGGAGUUGUUGACAAAGUCGACCCGUUCGUUGCCUGUUGUGCGACUUAUGGCAGGCGCAUUCAAGCAGCAUUCAAGCGAAUUGGCGAUGAUACAGCAAAAGUUGACGCUUUUUGAGAACGACGGUACCGAUAGUUUCCGCCAUAUCGUCACCAUUCUCGAAACUGGUGCAGCUGGUCAGAUAAUGCACUUAGCGUAA